AUGCAAAAGAACACCAACGAAGAAGUUAAAGUUACCAAUCUGCGCUUGGAAGUCCCACGAAAAUACCGCCAAUUCACUAACAAAAGAGUCAAGCAGACUAAAGCCAUCAGCGAGUAUAACAAGAAGUUAUCGAAGCAUUACUCUACCAAAUACGGCGGCCUCAGGUCUAUAGAGUUCGAACAUAUUAAUUUUGCUAACCAUAAUUUCCCUCAGAGGAAAAUAAAGAAAGAAAGAGAUAAUACAUUACCCAUUGAUGCGACAAAAACAUAUAUUAAAGAUAACUCAGCUCAAAGACUACCAGAAAUUAACACCCGAGGAGACUCGAGAGGGAUCAGCCCAAACCGGGAAUACGUGGAUCAGCCAGGCUCAUGUAUGCCAAGUCUGCGGAAAGGAAUCACAGUUCCUUCACAGCUCUCUUUAUCAGGGAAGAUGAUCAAAUCAGGGAAGUUAGACACUGGAAUUGAUUCUCCAUCCCAAUAUUAUAUGCGAAAAUAAUCUUACAAAUUCAAAUUCAAAAUCAAGGGUGCAGCCCAAGAGCAUCUUGGACUGAGCCCAGACUGCUACCUUCAACUUGAACUCUAAAUCCUCUAUCGACCUGAAUCAGACAAACGUGUUUCUAUCGGUUGAUAACCAAGAUCCAAUAGAGACUGUUAUCGCAGAGGGAAAAUAACCUAUUUGCUGAAUACAAGAAUAAUCUUGAAAUCAGAAAGAGCCACAAAAUCCUACGGUCAGCAGUCGGCAGGCUCAACUUCACAAAUUCUUCAAAUUUUGUCCAACACGUUACAUGGAGCCACAGCGAAGAAGUCAAGAUGCUACAUGAUGAAAUAGCUGCUUUACAAGAGAAAUUGGUUGAUUUUGAAAUGCUCAAGACAAAUCUUUCAACUCUUCAGGAAAAGUAUAACUCCUUACUCACAAGCCAACCAGCAAAGAAGACAGUUUAUAAGGUUGAUAAAAGAGUUGAGAGGUACAACAAGAUAAACUUUGAGAAAUAUAUCCCUAAUUCCAGAGAUUUCGUCCCAAUUUCCAAGUAUAAUGAAGUUGCUGACAAACUCAUCAAAGAGCGUCUCAGGAAUGAAAAACUUCGCGAAGACAUAAAUUGACUUAAAGAUCAAAAUAAGUACAUCAAUGAGAACAGUAAUGAACUUGUCAGCAUAUUCGAGAGCUUCAUCAGAGCUACAGACCUUCAGAUGGGAGUUAAAGGGCAGCCUGCUUUCCUACCUGGAAAAGUCGGAAGGAUUCCUAGAGUUUCUCCCAAACAAGACCUCUUGAUUAACACUCAGUUCAAAAAUCUCGAAAAUUUCGUACAGGAAUAUAACGUGCUAAAGACAUGAAUAGAGACUAAUAAAACGUUCAAGGAUAAAUUAGACAACUUCCAGAAGGAUGGAGGGUCCUAACUAGGGACUUCAGAUAACCUUAAUUCAAC